GACGGUCACACAAGAGCUGCCAUUGAAAACGAGAGAGCCAUCCCAGAUUGCCAACUUUGGGGUCCUGUUAGUGACUCUUUUUCCAUGUCUUCUUCUUCUUCCCUUGUUGAUAAUUCUGCUACUGAGUAUGCCCAACGUAUUUGGGAUCAGGAUAUCACCGUCUAUGAUGAUUUGGAUCGUGUUGUGGAAUGGAUAGGCAAUGGAAAACCAUGCAGUCACUCGAUUCUUCAAUCUUACAUGAUUCUUUUUGAUUUCAAAGACUUGUUUCUUGAACAAGCCUUUCGUAGUCUAUGUUCAAGACUUCAUUUGAAAGGAGAGACACAACAAAUUGAUCGUAUCUUAUCUCAAUUCUCUGUACGCUAUUUUGAAUGUAAUCCUCAGUGUAUCUUUGGCACCAGUGACGUAGUUCAUGCUAUUGUUUAUUCGCUUUUGCUAUUAAAUACGGAUCUACAUGUGGCCCAAGGAGAUUACAAGAAAAUGUCACGAUCUGCUUUUGUAAAGAAUACGAUGAAUGCUAUUCAUGCUCAAUUAGAAACUCCUGCAGCAGAAGUCGACGAUCAUCGGUCAAGUAGCGGUCUUUCGUUCGGGUCACUUGAUUGGAUCCCUCUUCAACGUACCUCUAGUAACCAAAGUGCCCUAUCAACAAAAUCCUCAAAUUAUGCGGCUUCUAUUGAUUCCAACACCUCCAUACACUCUCGACAUUUUCCCAGCUGGACUCUGGGUUCGAAAGCAUGGCAGAUCGAAGUCAAGAGUUUACUGAAACAAAUGUAUUCUAGUAUUCGUCAUAGUCAAAUCACCAACCCUUCCUCACCCCCUUCUUCUAACCGAGUGAGUGCGGCUUUCAAGCGUGGUAUGGGUACCAUUAUUUGGAAGGGUGCGCGUGACUCUAUCUUGGGUAACGAAGAUAAUUCAAUCUCUUCUAUUCAAUCAACCAACUCGACUUCCGUCAUGCAUUACCAGUCAGUUGCCUCGCACCUCCAGAAUGCGGAUAUACCCACCUGUUAUAUUAGCAACGCUCCUUACUACAAAGAAGGCAUGGUUGUACGUAAGCACAUGCUAGAACGCACGGGACAAAAGGCCAAACAUCGCGAUUGGCGUGAUUGUUUCAUGGUGAUUGAACGCAGUCAACUUCGAAUGUACAAACUGGACACGAACAGCAGUACGACCAAACGUCAUACGAUUCGUACGACUAUCAUGUCGAGAUCCAACUCGACAUUUUCGGACACAGCUUCACAGAUGUCAACUUCAAGCGAUGUGAUUGUGGGUGGAGGUGAUUGGAUGUCUAACGCGCAACUGAUUGGUUCAGUGGAUUUGAAACAUACGUUGGCCAAUGCAUUACCAUCUGGUUACAGUCGACAACGACAACAUGCGUUUGCACUGCAGCAAUCGAAUGGGGCGGUAUUUUUGUUUCAAGUUGGGUCAGUUGAGCAGGUCCAUGAAUGGGUUUCGACAUGCAAUUAUUGGGCAGCGCGUGAAAGUAAAGAGCCUUUACGAGGUGGUGUGAGUUCGAUGGAAUAUGGAUGGGGAGACUGUUUAGAGAGCGAUGUGGUGGAAGUGAUUAAUGAAUGGGAGGCGCCCGCACCGAUGAUGAGCAGUAGUAUGUUGGAUGAAUCAGGGCAACUUCAAACGUUUAUAAAACAUGUUCAGGAGCUAUCUGUGCAAUUAGAUGAACAUCGUGAUAUCAAGCCAAAGAUGGAGAAACGAUUUCUUUCUUGUCCCAAAUUGAGCUCUAAAGUGAAAUCUAACUGGGAAGCAAAAUCGCAUUAUCUUUUACACGAAAUUAUAAAAUAUCAAAAUUAUUGUGAUGCUAUCGAAAAGUCACUUGCUCUGCAGACUGAAAUUCUCUCUUUACCGUGAUAUGCCAAGAAUAAAAAAAAAAAAAAAAAAAAAAAA